UAACUUUAAAUUAUUUAUCGUUAAAUGCGAUGGAUCCUCGUAUACAUAGAAGAAAAGAGCCCGAAAAAGGACCGGGUGACAUGGUAGUCGAAUGGUUGAACGAAAUCUCUCUGAGCCCAGAGGAAGGUGUCAAAGUUACUAAUUUAUGUAAAGUUCAAGAGAUCUUAAUAAACAAAGAGCCACAUUUGCUUCCCUUGUACUUAGACGAGGCACUACAAUUCUCCUUAGAUAGAAAUGCAGAAGUUAGAAAAGCAGUUUUAGGUUUCAUAGAAGAAGCUGGGGUAAAACAACCAGAGGUAAUUCCACGUUUAGUUCAAGUACUUUUGAGAUUAGUUUCUGAUGAAUCGUCAGCUGUUGCUAAAAGAGCUCUCAGAGCUAGUGGCAGAAUAUUGAGGGCUGCCUUGAAAUGGAUAGCGAUUGCUAGUACGGUUACACCAGAGAUGGAAGUAGCAUGGAAUCAACUUAGUGCUCUUAAAGUCCAAAUUAUAAACAUGAUCGAUAGCGAUAACGAUGGGAUAAGGACACAAGCUGUGAAAUUUCUUGAGGGUGUUGUUUUGAUACAAACAUACCCCGAUUCGGACGUCCCAACAAAGGCAGAUGACUUUUCUUUAGAAGAUAUCCCGCUAACAUUAAAGAUAGCGCGUAGGCGUAAGCUAGAGGAAGAAGCCAACGAUGUGAUGGAUUUACUGAUUAAAUUUCAUGGUUCUCCGCACGUUAGCAGUGUCAAUUUAAUGACCUGCAUGGGAUCCUUAGCAUUAAUUGCGAAAAUGAGGCCUCAGUUUAUGCCGGGUGUAAUACAGGCUUUGCAAAGGCUACAACACGAUUUACCGCCCACGUUAUCCAAUUCCCAAGUGACUAGCGUGCAAAAACAGUUGAAAUUAACUCUGUUAGGACUGAUGAAGCAUCCAGCUGGCGUAGAAUUUGCGUCUACGAUAGCUAAGCAAUUGACACAGUUGGGAGCGAAAGAACAGGAAAUUCUUAAGGCAUAUCCUAAGCCUGGUGAUAUUUGGCGUUUGAAAAAACGUCAGCAGGAAGCAGCAGCGUCUUCGGCAGCGAAACGUGUUAAAAUCGACACUCUGGUACCGGACGAACCGGAGGUGAUAACUAACGUAGUACCUCCAGUGAAAUUACCAGAGUUGAUCGAACUUUCCGAGAGUUUCAUCGCUGAUAGAUUAAGCGUGGAUAUAGCUACAGAUUUGGUGAUGGACAGCAUGGCAUGGGUCCCAGAUACGAUGACGACGAUCUUUCAAAGAGAAUAUCAGCCCACUUCUACGACUGAUAUAAAUGUCCAGCGAAUAACGAUUGCCAAGUUGUUAGCGGCACAGAUAAAACAAGCUAAAUCGAAGAAGAAAAAGGAAGCUAAGGACGAGGAUGCCGUGAUGGAGGAUUUAGUGAAGAACCCGACCAUCAGCGUGGCCGAAGCGAAACGAGAACGAAAGCGGGAAAAGGAUAGGGAAAAGGAGAAAGAAGCUAAAGCGUCUUUGGAGGCUCAUGAGAAAUCACUGGCCAAAGCUAGAAAUCGUUUAAAAGCCUUAAAGUUACCGGAAGUUACGAAGCCUCUGGCAAAGGACACGAAAGAGAAGAUGUUACUAAUGGCUGUUAAUCGCAUUUUACUCUCAGAGAAAACAGCUGUGUUGGGCGGUGUGGCGACUGUGAGAUCAAAGAUUUUAACGACACUAGCCGCGACGUUUAAUCCGUAUAUUAAAGAAGCUGUGUUGCGUUAUAUUACGGACGAUAUGAGGAAUCGUUUAGAGUUAGCUUUAGGUUGGUUAUACGAGGAGUAUGCCUUACUUCAGGGUUUUCAGAGACGAACUACAUUGUGCACAAAACCACAAGAGGCACCGCAUCAGGCUUACAAUUUUCUACUAUGUACCUUGGUAUCCGCGAUAGAUUUAGUUCAAGGGAAAGAUCGCGAUACAUUACUGUAUAGGCUAUACUUGGAAGCUCCGUUAAUUACGGAAGACGCUGUUGAGGCCCUAAAGAUGGUAUCCUCCGAUGAAACGAGAGGAUUGGCGCCGCUGCAGUUAUUAAAAGAAAUGGUCAUUCGCAGGCCGACGAAACAGUUGGUCUUUCUAAAUGUAUUAUUGUGUCAUACCGGCCACGAGAACAACACGAUACGAGAAGCUGCGAUACAAUUAGUUUGCCAGCUGUAUAGCCGUUCCGAGUUAAGUAAACUCAUCGAAGAAUACGCGGUUCUGUACUUAGGUUUCUUACGGCUUCAUACACCACCCGAGAUCGUCUUCGGGCAGGAUCGAGGCAGGCCGCAAGUUGAAAUCCAAUGGACCGAAUCGACUACCAGAGCUUGUCUUGGAUUAUAUCUCGCUCUGUUGAGCGAGCAUCAAGAUUUAAUUCACGAAUUGGCGAGAGUUUAUACGUCGAUGAGCGCCGACGUGAAACGCAUGGUCCUACGAUUAGUAGAGGGGCCCGUGAGAUCAUUGGGCAUGGGGAGCCCGCAAUUAUUGGCGUUAGUUGAAAAUUGCCCUAAAGGCGCGGAAACCCUGGUCACGAGAAUCAUUCAUAUCCUCACAGAAAAAUCUGCACCGAGUGCGGAAUUAGUAGCAAGGGUGCGAGAACUUUAUCAGACGAGAGUCUCGGAUGUUCGGUUCUUGAUACCAGUUUUAAAUGGUUUGACAAAGAAAGAAGUCAUAGCCGCCCUCCCCAAACUCAUCAAGUUAAAUCCUAUUGUCGUUAAAGAAGUAUUCAACAGAUUGCUAGGAACUCAUAAUAAUGAAAGUGGUGUGCCUCACACGUCGCCCAUCACACCUGCCGAAUUGUUAAUAGCCUUGCAUAAUAUAGAUCCCAGUAAAGCGGAAUUAAAAACAGUUAUAAAAGCCACGUCACUCUGUUUCGCGGAGAAACAAAUAUACACGCAAGAAACGGUGGCCGUUGUAAUGCAACACCUUAUGGAGAUGACACCACUCCCCACAUUAUUAAUGCGUACAGUGAUACAAAGUUUAGCAUUAUAUCCACGAUUGAGCGGAUUCGUUAUGAAUAUACUUCAGCGAUUGAUUCUGAAACAAGUUUGGAAGCAGCCCAAAGUUUGGGAGGGUUUCGUAAAGUGUUGUGAACGCACGCAACCGCAGAGUUUCGCAGUUAUUUUGCAGCUUCCCCCGGUACAACUUGCUGAAGCGUUGAAAAUGGCAAGCAAUUUAAGGGGACCUUUACUGACGCACGUCGAGGCGUUUGCCGAGAAUCAGAAAGCACACAUUCCGCAGUCCAUAAUGGAUGUUAUUCAGGGUAAAUCGCCUUGCGACAUGCAUGAUGAAUUUGAUAUUGCACCACCCGGUGAUUAUCCGAUCGAACAAAAACCAGAUACAAUGGAAACAGAUAUUUCAGAACCAGCUCCUCCUGGUUUAGAUUAGCAUAAGCUCAUUCCAGUGUUGGGAUUGGAAUCAUCGUCCACAGAUUGUCCGAACUUUAACGAAUUCACGUUGUGAAUUAUUAAUCAUUAUUUUCUUUCGCACUUUCGGUAAUUUGCGACACUGGAUUCACGGUAUGCGAGUAUCUCGUAAAUUUCAAUCGAUUUUACAACAAUGUGAGACUCUACAUUUGAUUUUGUAAAUAGAGCUCCUCUUGCAUACGACUGUAUAUACGAGCCAGUUUCGCUGUAUUAUGUAGAUGUUUUUAUUCAUAUUCUUCUCGCAUUAAGUAAAACCAUGGUUUACAGGUUUACUUUGACAGUUUAAUAAAUAUUUACAAACUGUAUACAUAUAAGUAUGGAAAUCGAAACUGGAAUUCAGUAUUCUGUACAUCUAAAUAUUUUGAUACGCCGAAUCAUCGACGUUGUACAUAUUGUAAGCAUUUCUUUC